UGAACUCGGUCUCCAAUACAACUACAAGGAGGGCCAACUUAGGUGCCACGUCCUGCAGUGCCGUGACCUAGCUGCCGUCGACUCCAAAAGGAACAGAUCCGAUCCGUACGUCAAAGUCUACCUUCUCCCUGACAAGUCUAAGAGUGGUAAGAGGAAAACUAAAGUGAAGAAGCACACACUCAACCCUGUCUUUGAGGAGGUCCUGCGGUUCAGUACAACUAUGAGUGAACUGGAUUCACGGACAUUGUGGGUGUCUGUAUGGCACAGUGACAUGUUUGGCCGUAAUGACUUUCUUGGGGAAGUGUUUAUUCCUCUGGCAGACACGGUGUUUGAUGAUGUCUCACCAAAAUGGUAUCCUCUGCAAGAUAGAAUGGAGCCUUUAGAAGACCUUAGUUACAGUCUACGAGGUGACUUGAUCUUAGCCCUCAAGUUUGUACCUCCAGAUGCAGUCAGUAGUAAGAAGACCCGUCGGUCACGAGGAGCUCUACAUGUGUUAGUGAAGGAAGCCAAGAGUUUAACCGCAGCAAAGCCUCAUGGUACUGCAGACCCAGUCUGUAAAGGGCUUCUUCUCCCUGAAAAGGGGAAAGCGUCCAAGCAGAAGACAAGUGUGUGCCGUAAAACAUUAAAUCCCACCUGGAAUCAUACAUUAGUGUUUGAAGAUACAAGUUUACAAGAGCUGACGGAACGUGCUCUCGAAUUAUCAGUGUGGGACCACGACCGCCUGGGACCAUCACAGCUUCUUGGGGGAUGCAGGCUUAGCUUGGGCAAGGGCAAGCAUGGAGGCCGACCGGUAGAGUGGAUGGAGGCAGCUGGUAUGGAGGUCAGAUUAUGGGAACAAAUGCUGGAUCGCCCUAAUCUAUGGGUUGAGGGUUCCAUAAUGCUCAGACCUGCCAUGGACAAGCCAAUCUAUUCUUCCUCUAUGACAGAAUAGAUUGAUUCUAGUGUUGAGUAUUUGCAUUCUUUUCCUGUCUAAUGUAGACUUGACACUGGAAGUGGAACUUCCUUUUUGUCGUGUAGCUAGAUAUUCAGUGUCAUUUGACAAGUUAAGAAGAGAAAUUUAUACUGUAUUUAUGAAUAUAGAAAAUAUUUCCCUUUGGCCAUGUUUCUGAUGAGGUUUUCUCGUCGUUGGUGUCAUUUGUGUCUGUCUGUCUUUCAAACAAUAUAAUAGUAUUCAUACCUAACAUUUUCUUGUGAUAGACCAAGACCCUGUUGAAGAUGGAUGACCUUGGACUAUAUUUUAUGAAGGGGAGUUAACUCCACACAGUCUUGUGCUCAAAUGUGUAAGGCCAGAUACUUUUCUUGUCUCCUCUGACAACAAGGAAGUGGUAUCUCUGCUGAUAUAUACUGUACUGUACUCUGGUUUUCAUGAUGCAGGGUUUUCUCUAAAGCAUUUCAACAUGUCAACAAUAACUUCCUUUAAUUUUGGCCCAAAGACUUGUGGUUCUCCCAUGUUUAAUGUUUUCUUCAAAAUCAGUCCUAUCUGGGCAGACUGUGACCUUGACCAUCACUCCUUGAUGCUGGCAGCGUCAAAUCUGAACAAAAAGUGUUCUUUAUUUCUGAAACGAUCCUCCAAUCCCCCCACUCAAGAAUCCUGGCAAGAUCCAGCAUAUUUUAAAGGUUUUCUGGGAAAGCCCUGCAUUUAGGAGUAUAUUUUAUCCCUUCAAGAUAUUCACACACUGGGUAGCCAUUCAAUGAUGACUAGAACUUCCCUGUGGCCAAGGGAUUCUCUGUGAUUUGCAUAGUAUUUUUAAAUAUAUUUAACUCCUAACAAUAAUUGUUGACUAAAGAUAUAAUACCUGUUUAUUACCUCUAUUGAUUAUGGAAAAGAUUUAGAAAUUGUUGACACUGAUUAACUGUACCUUCCAAUGUCAAGUUGCUACAUGUGUAGAGAAAGACAUUAUCCCAUUGUCCAUGACGCCAUUAUGGAAACUCAUCAUGACCUUCAUUAUCAGAGAACCAUGAAUAACAUUCCAGAAUUAUUUAUAUAAAUUCGCCUGGGGAAUUUUUCAUUGUAUGUUCCUAAUUUUUUUAAGUUUUAAGGAAAUUAGGGAUUUUAUAAGUCUGAUAUGAAAUCCUACUCUCCCUUUAUUUAAUUUUCAUCCAGUCUUUAAAUAUUGCCUAUGGAAAACCUUGUGAUCAUAGUGUGGCUUGUACCAAAGACUGUAUUGAGAACAACGAACUAAGGCCCAUGUGUAAGGCCAUUCUUGAGAUCAGUGAAAACAAGAUUGCCUGUAGUCACCAUGAGGUAGAUUUCAUUGCCAUCAUAAAAUUAGUGGAAAAUCUAGUUCCUCAAUCUCUUUUCAAAGAUCUCAAGGAAGGUUAGUGAGCUGCAAACAUAACCCUGAAGAUGAGCUUAACAUGAAUGCGCUGAACGUGCUGCUUAAUGUUUGUCACUUAUACUUUUGAAACCAUGAACUGUUUUAAACCUCUCUUUUUAGUACUACAUAAUUAUGUGAGUCACUUUUCUGAAAUUGUUUGAAAAGUGAGUCCAAAAAAACCCUCAGUUUCAGGAGUCUGGUCAGGACUCGGGUGAAGGACAACAUUUUCCCUUUGGUUAACACUGUUAACAGGAUCAAGUUUUCAGAAAAGGUGCUUCUUGGCAACUAAGAGUGAUGGUAGAGUUUUUCCCCUUUCACUGCAGUAAUUAAUCUGGUCAUUUAAGCAUAAUCUGAGCAUCAGGAGUUUUGUUUCUCUUGUUUACUACAUCAGGCAGUAAAAUAAUUGGUAUCAUGUUUCACAAUAGAAGACUCCCUUUGUGUAGAGCAUUGUAAAAUUACCUGCCAGUGUUUGCUAUUAAUUUUUUAAAUUCUUUUGCCCCUUGGACACUACCAGGUUCAACAGAGGUGCUGACAAACAUACACUGUGGCUGAUAGACAAUAUAAUUUUUUCUGUAUCAUCUUAUGACCAAUAAAUCUUUGUGAUGAUUCACUUUUAGUCAUGAAUAGCUGUAAAAAAAUGUAGUGAUAUUUUUAUACAAAUAUUAUGCUACAAAUUCCUGUACAUAUAAUGACUGCUGCUAGCCACUUACUACUAAGCAUCAGCUUGUGUAUUUUUCAUCCCCCAAAAAACUACAGUCAAACUGUAAUAAUGAGAUGAACAAAAACCAUAUGCAGUACAUGUAAUGCAUUAAACAACAGGACUGACUGGAUCCUGAAGCUGUGUGCAUAUAAAGUGUAGAUCCUAUAAAAUAACAAGUGCUACAUAAGGUUUUGUUGGGAGAUAAUGACAGAAAAGGUGAAGAGAGCAAGAUACCCAGCAGUAUAAAGGUACAGUACUGUACAGGUACCACGAAUAGGAUCAUCAAAUUAUUAUUUUGUUUCCAAGGACAUGCUACAACUUGAUCUGAUCUACUGAUCCUGUGGUAGUUUUGGUUCAGUUCAUGUCACCUGAUGAUUAUAUGGAAGUGUGGUCUAUUCAUGGUACUUUUUAAAACAGUUUAUAUUGUGUGCAGACGAGGCUAUGGUGGGCACCCCAAGAAAUGACAGUAUUUGUUAUUACUUCUCGUUAAAUAAUAUAUUUCUUAUACAGUGUGCCAAUCAGGAAAAUGCUGGUAUAAGACAUAAUUUAUCCACGAAUGUACUUAGUACUCAUGUAUGUAAAGUUGUAUGGACAGUGUAUAAACAGUAGUAGGAAUUCUGGGGGAAUUACCUUACAAUAUUAUUAUUAUUAUGCUUCUAUUUUUAUUGUGCUUAUUAAGACAAAUAUAUUUCUCUUUGUGCCAAGGGAACAUUGAAAUAUUUGUGAUGAUAAUUCCGUUGAUACAGAAACACAAUAUUUUACCUCUGAUGGUAAAUGUUUACCUGCUGUAAGUAUUUGGACCUCUAGGCAUACUUCACCUCUCCUAAGUGUUCAUUUUGUGAAAAUGAAAGAAUGCCUUUUUUUUUAUCAUAAGACUUAGGAAUCUACUAGGCAAGGUUGAUUUUCAUAAUUGAAAGUGACUCAAGCCUUAACACCUUCUAUACUACAAACCAAAACCAAGGUACUGUAUGUACCACCCAGCAAUGUCUUAAUACUGUACUAUGGUUACAGUUUACUGUACAAAAGGGGUUAGUACAGUUCACUUUUGCUGUAGUAUGAAUGGGAAGUGAAGUCUUAUGAAUGGAAAGCAAAGUCUUAUUAUUACACUAUUCUUAAGGUCUGUGACCCCCUAAGCUGGGACGACUAAUACUGCUUCAUGAUAAAAGGAUUCAGUCCCAUUCCCUAUUCUGUUAUAUUCUCACAUUAUGUAACUUAAAAUAGAGCUUUAUCAUGUUUAAUAAAACACUUUGAAA